AUGCCCCGUCCGUCGACCAGAGACGCUGGCGGACCAUCAGCAGGGCUCUCACAUGGCCUCGUACCUCCUCACCUCGCCCAGCAGCUCACGCGCUUCGUCUACGAGAACGACCCGCUGCACGUCCCCGGCCUCGCGCCUCGCUGGUCACUCGAACUCGAGCUGAUCUGGCGCACAGUCCCGCCCGACUUCUGGCUCAACAAGGCGAAAGAGGAGGCAACCGUCCUGAAACAGCUCAGUGCCGUAAAGACGAAGCUCAAGCAACUCGAGGGGGCUCGGGGUAGCCAUGUUCUCGAGAAUACGCGGCGAGAGCUGGCGGAUCGUUGGCAUGCGAUCAAGAUGGGCUAUAGCGGCGAGCUUGCGCUCGCUGGAAUCGUGGUUCUGCUCCACUGA